AUGACUUAUGUGAGCCAUGAGUGUUCAUCUGUGUUGAGUGACUGUUCCUCUUGAUUCUCUUUAGGUGUCUUUGGUGAUAGAGGUGAAGUGAAGUCAGUGUCAGUGAUGGAGGGAGAAUCUGUCACUCUACACACUGAUAUUACUGAAAUACAGAGAGAUGAUGAAAUCGAGUGGAGGUUUAACAGCAUUCGCAUAGCUACAGCAAACAUUCCUGAAUAUAAUGAUGAGAGAUUCAGAGACAGACUGAAGCUGGAUCAGACCGGAUCUCUGACCAUCACAAACACCAGAACCACAGACUCUGGAGAAUAUAAACUAAGCAUCAUUGCUGGGAAUAAGGACAUAACCAAGAGAUUCAAUGUUAUUGUUCAUGUUCGUCCGUCCACUCCUACCAUCACUCCACAAAAUCCUUCAUCAUCUGACAGUGCUGCAGCUGUUACAGCAUCAGGCCCACAAACUCCUUCUCAUUCUCCAGACUCUGUACCUCUGACUGUGCUGAUCUCUGCUGCUGCUGCUGGAUUUCUGUUGAUUGUUGUGGCAGUUGUGAUCUUCUGGAUCUGCUGGAAAAAAAGACCAGAACAAGAGGGGCUUUCAGUUACAGGAAUUGUGUUGAUCGUGGUUGGGAUUGUGGGCCUGAUCAUUAUUGGUUUCCUGGUCAUGAAGAAGAUCAAGAAGACGAGCGGAGCUUCUCAAAGUUUGGGAAUAGUCAAAGGAGAGCUGCGGUCCUCAAUGGGGCAGGAAAGGCUAAGCAUGCUGGAGCUUAUGAGCAUUGAGCAUGAGCUGCUGCUGCGCAGCCUUUACUUCACUGACACGAUCGAAGAAUUUGCGCUUGCUAAAUCUCGAAAAACAGCAAUAUAA